AUUUAAUAGUUAGUAUUUUGGAUCAUUUUAAUUGUCUGGUGUUACUUUUUUUUAUUUGUUUAGUUGUUUUUAUUUAAAUUUUAUUUGUUCAUUUAAUCUAGUCCUCAGUUUUUUGUCUUAAUUGUGUGGAAAUUUUCAUAUUUCAUAUUUAUAAAAAUGUGUAAUUCUAAUUGUUCUUUGUUCUCUCUUUUAGUUGUUUCCUGUUUGGUUUCCUUUUUGUCAUCACAAUCAAUUGAUAAUAAACCUGGUCAAUUUCAUUCCGUUCAUCCGGCAUCACAAUCAUGGCCUCAACAACAAUAUCCACAAGCUUCUCAGUUAACUCGUGCCCAAAGACCGAUGGUCAAUUAUGCUCCAAAAUAUGUUACAACCCAACCAACUGUACCAAAAGUAAUUACUGGACAUAGAAAGAUAUAUGAUGUUCAAAAUAAUAAGGAGAUUUUUCAUCAUUCUUAUUAUUCUGAUGGAAAUAAAAAUCAUGAAGUUAGAUCUUGGACCAAUACUCAUCAAUUUGCACCUCUUGUUUCAAGGGCAUUGUCAAGUUCCUAUGUUCCACCGACAAUGAAUCAACCUCCAGCAAGAACUGUCUCUCACAAUUCACCGGUACAACUUCAACCUGUUCCAAAUACGAAUAUCUAUUAUCAAUCACCAAGAAAUAUUGACCAUCAACAAGAAAGGUCAACCCGAAGGAUGGACACCAGUAACGAGAUUUCAAACCCAAUUGUAUCGAAACAAUCAUCAAUCAAUUAUAUUAAUCAUCCAUCAAAUAACUUUAAUAUUGAUUCGCUAGUUUCUUACAUCAAAUCACAAGCUUUCCUUAAUCGGGUUGAUGCUUUAGGAUCACAAACGUUAUUUAAAUCACUUGUUGUCAAUGAUCAUGCCAAAGCUGAUGAGAAAAUAAUUAGACGUAACAUUGAAAGUACUGGUUUAAAUUUUACCAUUAAUGAUGAUUGUAAACCCAAAUUAACAACAAUUAAAUUUGGUGUUAUCGAUGAACCAAAUGUAAUUUAUAAUCCACCAUCAGUUGAGAUAUUACGUUGCCCUCAGGCUUGUUUCUCAUGGCAAUUUGAUUGUAUGCCAACCAAUAGAGUUGCAAGUAAUUUCACUGUUGCUGUUUAUAAAACUGCUAAUGAAAAAGUAACUCGAGAAAUUGAAUUGUACACAAUUGAAUCUCAUUCGUCUUGUGCUUGUGCCUGUCAAAGUUUUGCAAGUUGCUUUGGAAACAGUGAAUUCAGUGGACAAAGAUUACCAAAUACACGUUAACAAUUAACAUCUUAAUCCUUCGUUAAUCAAAAAUUGAUCUUAAUCAAAUACCCCAAAUUAAUUAAAUUCCCCUCACUUUUUAUUUACAAUCCUCAAUCAAUUUAAUAUAAAUUUUUAAUAUGUAUUUGUUUUCAUAAAAGAUGAGAAGAAAAAAUUAAACCAAUUUAACCAUAA